GGGGAUUUCCCUUCCGCCUAGUUCAGCCACAAACUCGGUAGUUGGUUUGUGAUGUGACCCCGAACCACUGAUCAGUGACCCAUACACUUCUAGAGUUAUGUAACUUAAUGACUUUUGUUUUGUUGACAUUGGAUCCGGACCGGUCCACGUCCAGCUGAGCAGAUUGGAGUGUGGAAUGGAAUCGAGUAAUAAUAUAAAUAUAUUUCGGUUGCAAGUUUUUGUGUGUCAACUUUCAUGGUAGUUCUUUUAAAUUUUAAAAGAAAAACCUUAGCAGCACAAUUACAUCCCAGUCCAGUGACUAACCGGUAAUUUAUAAUAAUAUAAUUCGGGGAGAUGGAAAGCUUGAGAACAUCACAGCUCCAGCUGGUAGCUGGCAUUGCAUUUGGCAGUGUAGGAUUAUUGUGGCUAUUGCGACGCCUAACACUAAGAAGAAAGAUUUCAGGGUUACAAGGUCAAGUCGUGUUAAUCACUGGAGCAAGUUCUGGACUAGGAGAAGCGUGUGCACACGCAUUCUACAAGGCAGGGUCAAAGGUCAUCUUAUGUGCCAGACGAGUGAAUGAACUAGAACGAGUGAAGAAUGAGUUAAUAUCAUUGGAUCUGACUACAACGACACACCCACCCCACGUCCUUCCGCUGGACCUGGAGGAUCUUGAAGGCAUCCCAGCCAAGGCAGCCAAGGCAUUGGCUCUGAAUGAUGGAGGUGUAGAUAUUCUCAUCAACAAUGGAGGGAUGGGGUUCAGAGGAACCGUGCUGGAGACUGAGCUAUCCGUGCAACAGAAGGUUAUGAAAGUGAACUACUUUGGCUCAGUGGCAUUGACGAAAGCACUUUUACCAUCGAUGAUUGCCAAGGGAGGUGGCCAUAUUGUUGCACUCAGCAGUGUUCAAGGAAAGUUUGCCAUACCCUUUCGUUCAGCUUAUGCAGCAUCGAAGCAUGCAAUGCAGGCAUUCUUUGAAUGCUUACGCGCUGAGAUGGCACAACACAAUGUCUUAGUGACAAUCAUCAGCCCUGGUUACAUCCGGACUAACUAUUCUUACAACGCUGUCACAGCAGAUGGUACACCCCACGGAGAAAUGGAUGCGACCAUAGCAUCAGGGAUGAGUACAGAUUACGUCGCAGAAAGAAUACUCCACUCUAUAGUCAAAAGACAGCCUGAUGUUAUCAUAGGACCCCUCUAUCUUAGAAUGCUCAUCUACAUUAAGGCUUUUUUACCAUCCUUAUAUGCCUGGGUUAUGGCAUUACGAGCUCGUGGAGGUAGAAAAUAAGGCAAGAUGACCAGGGCUCAAUUUCAUAAAGCCUGUAAGCACAAAAACUUGCUAAGCACAAACAAAUCUUGCUUAGAAAUAGGUUAACAACCAGAGUACCAUAUUUACCACUGCUGCGACUGGUACCACACUCAUUUCUUGCUUAGCCAAGAAAUUUGCUCAGCAGAAUUUUCUGCUUAACAGCUUUAUAAAAUUGGGACCUUGCUUAGGCAUAAAAAGGAGCCAAGCAUAACAAAAUUAUGCUAACACGAAUAAGGUUACCACCCAAAAUUACCAUCCUGCUAUUAUUAGAAAAAUUAUAACCAAUAAUUAUCUGCUCAUCAAGCAGCUCAAUAGUGACCCAAAUGACCAAAUGAAAUCAUCACCAUACCAAAUAUUGUUCCAUUUUGGUGUAAAAUGGUUUUCACUCACAUAUUUUGUUUGAAUUUACAUGAUGACAGUUGAUAAAGGUCAACAGCCCAAAACAUUUAAUUGAAGCCCUCACCUUGAUAUUGAAGGGGCCGUCCGGCUGAUGUUGGGCAAUUAAGCUGCACACAGUUUUUCCGCCUAACAUGAGUUGUUCGUUAAAAAAUGAUGUGUCAGUUCUAACUUUUAAAUUUUGUGACGUCGGGCGGGAACUAUCUGAUUUGCAGCUAUAAAUCUAAAAGAAAGGGCAUUUUACUAAGACAAUUAGGCCUAAUUUUACAGAAAAUCAAUAAAAGACAAAAACAAACAAAUA